AGCUGCCAGCGGGGUGGCUGCCGCCGCGGGUUGUUACCUACAGCUGCUAGAGCAGCAGCGGCCUCCGCCCCCGCCGUGGGCCCUUCUCCUGGGCCCUCGACCUCCGGCCCCGCAGGAACAGCGUCUUCAGAGAGGGGCGGCAGGAUGAACGUGGGCACAGCGCAUAGCGAGGUGAACCCCAACACGCGGGUGAUGAACAGCCGUGGCAUCUGGCUGUCCUACGUGCUGGCCAUUGGGCUCCUCCACGUGGUGCUGCUCAGCAUUCCCUUCGUGAGCGUCCCUGUCGUCUGGACCCUCACUAACCUCAUCCACAACAUGGGCAUGUACAUCUUCCUGCACACGGUGAAGGGGACACCCUUUGAGACCCCGGACCAGGGCAAAGCGAGGCUGCUGACCCACUGGGAGCAGAUGGACUAUGGGGUCCAGUUCACAGCUUCUCGGAAGUUCUUGACCAUCACACCUAUCGUGCUGUACUUCCUCACCAGCUUCUACACCAAGUACGACCAGAUCCAUUUCGUCCUCAACACUGUGUCCUUGAUGAGCGUGCUCAUCCCCAAGUUGCCCCAGCUCCACGGAGUCCGGAUUUUCGGAAUCAAUAAAUACUGAAGGUGCAGCACCCCACUGCCCAGGAUGGCAGGGGUGGGGUAGACGGUCUGUGCUGCGAUGCUGAAGACAGAAGAAGCCUCUGGACACUGCCAGAGAUGGAGGCUGAGCCUCUGGGCCCUAGAUUCCCUCUCGCUUCCCCCAGUAGCGACUUGGAGUAGCUUGUAGUGGGGUUGGGGUGGGCCCCCCCUGGGGCUCUGACUCCUUUUUUUUUUUUUGAUCUUUUCCUUUUGCCUUUUGAAUAGAGACUCUAUGGGGGUGGUCAUGG